UGUAUAUAUCACGUUAGUGCAUACAAAAUGUUAGUGAAGUUAGUAUUACUGGUGAUAAGUUUUGUUUAUUCAGACUGUGCCAACAUCUUAGCGGUUUUACCAUGUCCGUCUUACAGCCACCAAAUAGCUUACACGCAUUUGUGGAAAGAAUUAUCUUUAAGGGGUCACAAAGUGACCCUUAUAACGCCUAACCCUCUGCGUGAUCCCAAAUUAGUUAAUCUUACAGAAAUAGAUAUGUCAAGCAUUUACAAAUUUGUCAGUAAUAUAAGUCGGUCAGUUGAGGACAAUAUGCUGACAAUGUGGACUUUUCAUGCUGGUAUGUUGGAACUGAUGAGGACUGCAUCAGAAACCCAACUAGCUCAUCCUACUAUUCAAGAUAUGAUCCACAACCCGAAAAGUUUCGACGUAGUGUUCGUGGAGUUCUUGGUUCCUGAGUGGCUAGCUUUUGCGGAAAUAUAUAAUUGUCCAAAAGUGUUAUUUGCCAGCAUGGAGGUAACUGCGUCCUUUUACCAUUUAAUAGGAAACCCAGCUCAUCCUAUUUUGCAUCCAGAAUUCGUGUCGCCCUUCCAUGGACAGUUAACUUUUAAGGAACGGGUGAUGAGCUCGUUAGUCAGCUGGUAUUAUAAGUAUUACUUUGCCUUCACAGUUUUUCCUGAGAGGCAGAAGAUUUUGAAUAAAUACUUUGACACAAAUUCGACAAUAACUGGACUUAUUAGUGAUAUUGAUUUGAUGAUCCUUAGUAUAAGCCCUUUAAUUCAAGGUCCUAGAGCAUUAGGUCCCAACACGAUAUCGAUUGCUGGGUACAGGGAAGACGUGUCGUCUCAGCCAUUGUCACCAGAUGUUAAAAAAUUCUUGGAUGAUGCCAAGGAGGGAUGCAUUUACGUAAGUUUGGGUGGUAACGUCAAAAGUAGUGAACUGAGUCAAAACCUGCUGAAGACAAUCAUGGAGGCUCUAGCGGACGUGCCGUACAAAGUUUUGUGGAAAUUUGAGGCAGAAACAACGGACAUGCCUAAAAAUAUUAAAACCGCCAAAUGGUUACCACAACAAAAAGUUUUAAAUCAUCCUAAUGUGAAAUUGUUCCUCAGCCAGGGAGGUCUUCAGUCUAUGGAAGAAGCAAUUUAUGGUGAAGUACCUUUUGUGAUAAUACCAUUCUUCUCUGAUCAGUUCCAAAACUCGAAAAUACUGAAAGAUAAAGGUGUAGCUGUAAUUCUGAACAGACAAACCUUGGAGAAGGUCGAGUUAAGAAAUGCACUUAUGGAAGUAAUGAACGAACCAAGAUACCGUGACGGAGUGAAAAAAAUGAAACAGUUAAUCUUAGAUGAACCCAUGACUGGAUUAGAAAAAGCAGUAUGGUGGACAGAAUACGUUAUCAGAAAUAAAGGCGCCAAGCAUUUAAGGAAUCCAGCUGCAGAUCUACCAUUUUAUCAAUAUUUCCUCUUAGACGUUUUAGGAUUCUUGUUCGUAAUAGUUAUUUUAAUAGUUACUGUCUUAGUGUUAGCAGUGAAGAAGAUAUCUAAAUUGUUUUGGAGGCUUUGUAGUAAAAAGACAAAAACUCAAUAAUUAUCUUUGAACCAGCUGUAGUAUAUAGAUGAAACUUAUUCGACUGACCUCCUUAUCUGAAUGUUUUAAUAUUUUUGUUAUAAUAAAGCAGAUCGCUUAUUAAUUAUAA